AUGCCUGCACGUAAGCGUUCAUCAUCACAUAAUCUUCUUCACGAUGAUGGUCAAGAGGAGUCUUCUCAUCAGCACUACCGCCGCAAACAAUCGCGACGUGAACGAACUCGACAAGCUCAAGACGAACAAGACGACCAUGAAGAGCCAGAGGAAAAAGUAGAAGAUGAUUCAGAUGGAAGUGGUUCUGAUCCUGAAGACUUAACUGAGUACAUACUCUCUCUUUCUUCCUCUAUUAAUGCUUAUAAAGUUCGUCCAUCCAUUUUCAUGCGUUAUGGAUCUAGAAAUGAUCCAAUUUUCGAUGCCUUUUCUCUGCUUGAUUUAAUGCGUAAGAAGUUGUUGCACGGUUCGUUUUGGAGGGCUUUGCCAAUGCUUGACUCAGCUCUAUUUAUCUCCACCGGUGUUGGUGCACGCUUGCUUGCUAAACAUGUGUGUAUGCAUUCUAGGUCAGUUGUCCUCUCUGCACAGUAUUGCUCUAGAUCAACUGUCUCCACUUUGGUAGUUGUUAGCACUAGAUUAUCAGAUGAAGUUCUGACCAUUUGUCAGAGAAAAAAGAACGAACAGAACUCGUAUUGCAGCUAUUGA